AUGGGGAACAGCCAGUGCAUCCCCCAGGCCCCCCGGAGGCUCCGGGCUUCCUUCUCCAGGAAGCCCUCCCUGAAGAGCACCAGAGAGGAUGGCUCCAGGAGGCGGGCUGGCCUGUUUGGCAGUGAGGCUGGCCCCGACCGGGACACGGCAGCUGACAAGAUCCUCUACUACAUCCCUGGGCCGGACAUCCCAGGCCUGGAGGGUCAGAGCGAAAGCCUGGACCAGCCAUUCCUGAGUGUGUUCAAGAAAGGACGGCGGAGGGUGCCCGUCAGAAACCUGGGCAAGGUCCUGCACUAUGCCAAGGUCCAGCUUCGGUUCCAGCAUAGCCAGGACACCAGCGACUGUUACCUGGAGCUGUUCCCUUCUCACCUCUACUUCCAGGCCCAUGGCUCUGAUGACCUUACGUUCCAGGGGCUGUUACCACUGACAGAGCUGAGUGUUUGCCCCGUGGAAGGGUCCGAGGAGCAUGCCUUCCAGAUAACAGGCCCACUGCCUGCCCCACUCCUCGUGCUCUGCCCCAGCGCCGAUGAGCGUGCCCACUGGCUCUACUACCUGGAGAAGCAGAUGGCCCUUGUUGGGGGGCUGCGGCGCUGCCACUCGGUACCCCCACAGCGCCGACUGGCCCGGCUGCGGACGUCCUCGGGACACGAGUCCAGAGGCAGUGCCAUCUGUGCCUCUCGGGUCAAGCUGCAGCAUCUGCCUUCCCAGGAUCUGUGUGACCGGCUUCUGGUCCUGUACCCAACCUCCCUGGUCAUCUUCUCCGAGGAGCCUGAUGGACUCUGCUUCAAGGGGGAGCUCCCACUCAGCGCCAUCCACAUCAACCUGGAGGAGAAGGGGAAGCAGAUCCGCUCCUUCCUGAUCGAAGGCCGCUUCAUCAACACCAUCCGUGUGCUGUGUGCCAGUUAUGAGGACUACAGUCACUGGAUGCACUGCCUCCAGACCGCUGCCCUUAGGGACAGGGGCCCCGCCCUGCCCAACCCACCCUCCGCUGCCCAGGUUGCAGGUGGUGGCCGCGGCUCCCUCUCCUCAGAUGGACGGACCAGCUGGGGUUCUGGAUGCCCAGCACCCUCGUCCACCUGCACCAGUCACUCCCUCCCCGAGUCCAUGCCGUUGCCCCCUGCAUGCUGCCCUGCCCAGCCUGGACCUGAACAGGCUGACCCAGGCUACGCCAGCAUCAACCGCCGGAGGUCAGAGCUGAGACGAGGGGGCAGCAGCAGGUCACCCAAGGGCAAGACCCAGGGAGAGAGGCCCAGCCCAGUCCCCCCUCUGCACUUGGACCUGGACCUGACCAAGCCGAGCAGACUGAGCCUGGAAGGGGGCCCAGAUGACCCUUUGGAGCCACCACACUCUCCACUCUAUGCUGACCCCUACACCCCACCUGCUACCUCCCACCACAAGAUCACAGACGUCCGGGGCCUGGACGAGUUCCUCAGUGCCAUGCAGAGCUCCUCUGGGCCUGACCCACCUAGUGCCUUCCCCGCUGUCCCUGUGUCGGUGCCUGUUUCUGAAUCCAGCCCUGGCCCCCACCAGCUGCCCAAGAAGGGGGCCUCACAGGGUCGAGCGUCUCAGAGACACCGAGGCUCCUUCAAGGGUCGGGGGCCAAGGCCCCCAGACUCCCCUCAGCUGGUCUCCCCUUUGAAGGAAGGUUCACCUAAACGCCUGCUGACUCCCCCAGCCGCCUGCUCCCCCCAGAGACGUGCAGACCCCAGCUAUGACAGCGUCUUGGACGAGGCCACAGCGCCCUCUCACCAGAAGUGUCCCCGGCCAGGCGGACCAGAGGCCGAGCGUGCUCUGACCCAGUGGAUCUGA